AAAUGUAAUCGGUUUUCCAGCACACUAAUAAAUGACUUACUAAACUGCACUUUAUAUUUACGUUUAACUGUUUAGUUUCCAAUUGUAGCUCUUUUUUGAAAGAAUCAGAUGUAUGUCAAAAUGGUGGAUUAUGUUAUGAAAAUUCCAGCAUGGUAUACUGCAAAUGUCCAAAAGGUUUUACCGGUUCACGUUGUCAAUUGAUAACUGGAGAGUGCAAUGAAUCUAAUAACUAUUGUCAAAAUGAUUGCAGUCAAUUACCCGGUUCGGGUAACUGUAGAUGUCCACCGGGUUAUUUCCUAGCUCCAGACAAAAGAAGAUGUCUAGAUAUUGACGAGUGUAAGCAUGAUCGCGGAGGUUGUAUGUACUUUUGUGAAAAUCUACCUGGGGGUUUCCGAUGUACAUGUCCUUCAGAUAUGGUUCUUGCACCAGAUAAAAUUUCUUGCAUUCCAUUUUUUAAUCCAUGUGAACAUCCCCCUAACGGUGACUGCGACCAUAUUUGCACAAGUUUGCCUGGUUACAGAUACAUGUGUUCAUGCAGACCUGGUUAUCAUUUAGCUGAAAAUAAGAAGCGAUGCUUACCUGAUAAUCCAUGUCAAAUCAAUAAUGGAGGUUGUCAACACGACUGUCAUACUAUCAAUGGUGAAGUACACUGUAGUUGUCAUGAUGGUUAUCAGAUAGCACUUUACGAUCCGAAAAAAUGCACUGAUAUUAAUGAGUGUAGCGACAAUAAUGGAGGCUGUCAACAGCUGUGCAGGAAUGUUGAUGGUUCAUACAGCUGUAGCUGCAAUCCAGGUUGGCAGUUAGGAAAUGAUGGAAGAUCGUGUUAUCGAGUUGUUCUAGAAGUAAGUGACCCAUGUCGGUUUGGGAAUGGUGGAUGUACUCAUAUAUGCAUAAGAACAGAUGCUGGGACAGCAGAAUGCGCAUGUAGCCCUGGAUAUGACCUUCAAGCUGAUGGCAGAACAUGUUCAGAUCGUGAUGAAUGUUUAAUUGGUGAAGCUAAAUGUUAUGGCCAAGCUGUUGUAUGUAUCAAUGAACCAGGAACAUACCGCUGUGAAUGUCAACCAGGAUUUCGAAUAAGUCCAGAUGGACAUUCAUGUCAAGAUAUUGAUGAAUGUCUGGAUGACAAUGGUGGAUGUGAAUUCCAGUGUGUGAAUACAAUUGGAGGGCAUAGGUGCCUAUGUGAUUUUGGUGACGAAUUAAAUCCCGAUGGACGUACAUGUUCACGUUCUUCUGGUUAUGUACGUGAUGAUUCUACUCACCAUGAAACCAACUCAGAGAAUUACGGUGAAAUUCAUCAAUUUUCAAAAUUACGAACGUCAUUUGAUUCAAGAGGCCGUUUAUGUUCACCCGGACGCUUUGGACCUGAUUGUAGUUUCACAUGUUCGCACUGUGAAAAUGGGGGUCAGUGUAACAGAGAUUUAACAGGAUGUGAGUGUGCAGCUGGAUACAGGGGAAUAAGAUGUGAAGAGAAAUGUCCAAAGGGCUUAUGGGGUGUGGAUUGUCGGCAGUACUGUGAUUGCGCAAAUAAUAUUCCUUGUGAUCCUACAAACGGAAUUUGUCACUGCCCCUUAGGCAGUCACGGGACAAGAUGCGAACUAUCUGGCUGUAAAGAUGGUUUCUGGGGACCUCAGUGUGAUCGCUUAUGUCCAAGUCAUUGUGCAACGAAUCAAUGCGAUCGUGCAAAAGGAUAUUGUACGUGUGUGCCAGGAAUGUAUGGAUCUCACUGUCAUUUAAGUUGUCCAGAAAAUACAUGGGGUGAAAUGUGCAGUCUAAAGUGUCCUUCAGAAUGUUCAGAAAGUGGACGAAAUACAAAAGGUUGUGAUCCUCAGACAGGUGCAUGUGUUUGCAAACCUGGUUAUCGACCGCCUGAAUGUAUAUUACCGUGUCCACCGUCGUAUUUUGGUUUGAAUUGCAUGAUGACAUGUUUCGAUUGUCCCAAUGGUUGUGAUCCAGUGAGUGGAAGAUGUUUGUUUGAAUGCCCGCCGGGGAAACGUGGACCUACUUGUGAAGAAGACUGCACUGCUGGUUAUUGGGGUCCACAGUGUUCAAAGCUCUGUCGCUGUGGCUAUGAUGAAAGGGGUAAUCUUCAAAGCUGUAAUCCAACUACUGGCAAAUGUGCUUGUAAAGCAGGUUACUGGGGAGAAAAAUGUGAUAUACCUUGUGAUAUUGGCAAUUAUGGUCCAGACUGUCGAUUUCAGUGUCAGUGUGAAGGAACAAACAGGAAAGGAUGUGAUCCAGUUACGGGUUUGUGCCAGUGUUCAGAUGGAGUUAUGAGACAUAAAUGUGACAUGCAAAAUGAUUUCUAUUCAAUAGAUGAGGAGCCAUCCUGUCCUCCAGGUAGAUGGGGUAAAUCUUGUACAGAAAUCUGUGAUUGUAAUAACAGCGUAGAGUGCAAUAAAGAAACUGGAGUAUGCAUUUGCUUCCCAGGAUUCAUUGGAAGCAAAUGUGAUCAGAAAUGUGAAAAAGGCAAAUAUGGACUGAAUUGUACAGAAACAUGUGCAUGUGUUCAUGGGACGUGUGAUCAUCGAUCUGGAGCAUGUGAAUGCGAACCUGGUUGGAGAAAUAUGUUAUGUAAUAAACAAUGUGCACCAGGAUUCUAUGGUCUAGAUUGUCAGCAUAGAUGUCAAUGUACAAAUGGUGCUGAGUGUGAUCCUGUUAACGGUGAUUGUGAAUGCAGUGAAGGUUGGUACGGACCAGCAUGUGAUCAACCUUGUCCUGAAGGUACCUACGGAAAAAACUGCUCAAGUAAAUGUGACUGUGCUGAAGAUAUUCAUGGUAUAAGCUGUGACAAAGUUACAGGAAGAUGUAUUUGUCCUCCAGGACGUACUGGUCCUAGGUGUUCUGAAAAAUGCCCCAGAGGGUUCUGGGGGGAUGGAUGCUCAAGAACCUGUGCGUGUUUAAGAGGGUCGAGUUGUGACCCAGUGACAGGCAAAUGUCGUUGCAGCUCGGGCUGGUAUGGUGAGGCUUGUGAGCUGCCAUGUUCAAAUGGAUAUUGGGGCGAGAGCUGUUCCAUACGCUGUCAGUGUUCAACAAGUCCACUGGGAUCAGAAGGCGGUGAAUGUGACCGAUUCACUGGAGAAUGUCGCUGUCCGGUAGGCUUCACUGGACUAAACUGUCAAGAGAAAUGUCCACCAGGACGUUAUGGACCAGACUGUCGAUUAAGCUGCCCCUGUCAGAAACCUGGCUCUAGAUGUAAUCCUGAGACAGGAGCUUGCGAAUGCCCACCUGGAUGGUUUGGUGAAACUUGCGAACGACCGUGUUUAUUAGGAUUUUAUGGAAUAAACUGUAAGGAAAGAUGUUCUUGCCCAUCUGGACAACCAUGUCAUCAUGAAACUGGUCAGUGUAGUUGUCCAACAGGAAAGUAUGGACCACAGUGUGAAGAUACAUGUCCCGAAGGACGUUGGGGUGAAGACUGCCAGCAGAUAUGUGAUUGCCAUCUAAAGAAUAAUAAUAUGUUAUGCGAUCCAGUGUAUGGAAUUUGUUACUGUCGUCCAGGUUGGCAAGGUCCUAAUUGUAUAAGCACAUGUCCACCUGGUUACUUUGGUACGAACUGUCAGCACGAAUGCAAAUGUGAAAAUAACGGUGCAUGUCAUCCAGACAACGGAACAUGUAUUUGUCAAGCUGGCUACUAUGGUGAACGUUGUCAGCUAAACUGUCCGCCUGGAUUUUAUGGUUUCAAGUGUAAACUACGCUGUGAGUGUAUACAUGGUGAGGCGUGUAAUGAAAUUACUGGUGAAUGUUACUGUGCAGCUGGUUAUUAUGGCAGAAGAUGUGAACAAACUUGUCAUCCGGGCACAUAUGGACCACAAUGUUCACUGACUUGUCCUGUAUGCCAUACCCAAGUACCAAAUCCAAAUGCUGAAGAUAGCCUGCUGCUUCCUGAGUCUUCAUUUAGCCAAGACAGUCCACUUUAUCUUUCCCAUUACCAGUCAGAUGUCUUAAGGAACACAAAGAUAGUUAAUGUGAGGCGUUUAGACAGAAACCAAAAUACUCCUACUUGUCAUCCACAAACUGGGCAAUGUCCUUGUCCUCCUGGUACAGAAGGAAAAGACUGUAGUACACCAUGUCCGAAAGAUCGAUUUGGACCUGACUGCGCACAAGUAUGUACAUGUCAGAAUGGAGCAACAUGUUCUCCAAUCACUGGUAAUUGCCAGUGUCGCCCAGGAUUUUAUGGACCCUUAUGUCAGCAUACAUGUCCACCUGGAAGGUGGGGAAUAGGAUGUGCUUCUGUGUGUGAUUGUUAUAAUUCACAACCAUCUGGAUGUGACCCUAAAUCUGGUAGGUGCAGAUGUAAACCAGGAUACACUGGUGAACGCUGUGAAGAAGUUUGUCCUCGUGGUUAUUUUGGUGAAAUGUGCGCUCAAGCUUGUCGACACUGUGAAGAUUGUCAUUUUGAAACUGGACAGUGUUUAUGCCCACUUGGCCAGCAUGGAGAAACGUGUGGCAGUAUAUGUCCACCUGGUCAAUAUGGGGCUAACUGUUCCAAACUUUGCUCAUGUCAAAACAAUGCCGUCUGUUCAGUUGAUAUUGGGAGUUGUAACUGUCUUCCUGAAUUUAUAGGGCAUGACUGUUCAGUAAAGAAAGAAAUAGACCAUGUCAAAAGCCGUCUGUAA